AUGGCGCAGAAGAACGAUGUCCGGCAGACGCUCCAAGCCUCCAUCCUCGCGGCGCUGCGUGGCGUCACCGGCGAAGACCAGUUGACCGUCCUCCUGCUCGAUGACACGAUGCGGCGGGUCGUCAGCCGCUGCUGCCGGCUCUCUGAGGUGAUGGCGGACGCCAACAUCACGCUGGUGGAGCACAUCCUCGCGCCCGAGGCGAAGCGCGCGCCGCCGGCGAUGGCGGCCCACCUCUCCGCCGUCUACCUCAUCGCUCCGACCGAGUCGAGCGUCUUUGCGCUCGAGCAGGAGCUGACCACGCGCCGGCGGCUCUACGGAGGCAAGAGGCACAUCCUGGUCUCCUCGGCGCUGCCGGGCCCGCUGCGGGGCACGCUGCGAGUCCUCUCCGCCGGCGGUGCGCUCGCUUCGCUCCGCGAGGGCGUCGCGGUGGAGGCGCUGGCGCUGCACGCCGGCGCGUUCUCACUCGACCGGCCGUCCGCGCUCCGCCGGCUGUACGGGCCUCCGCCCCCGCUCAACGAAGACAACAUCGAGGCGCGGCUGCUGCAGGGCGAAGACGAGGCGGGCGGCGAGCGCGCGGCGGCCGUGUCUCAUGCAGCCGAGCAGCUCGCCAAGCUCUGUGCCUUGCUCGGUGACGCGACUCCGUCGGUGCGGUACCGGGCGCGUGACCACCCGGCGCUCGGCGUGGCUCUGGUGGCGGCGACGCCGGCAGCGCGCGCGGGAGCCGGAGGGGAGGCGUCGGGAGGGGCGGGCGGCGAGGCGGCGGCGGCGGGGCGCCGGAACGUGUCCGUGUUGCUCGUCGAUCGCUCCUCCGACCUCUUCACGCCGCUGCUGCACGAUUUUGGGCUCGAGGCGCUCGCCGAGGCGCGGGGCGUGCUGCGGGAGGGUCGCUUCCGGCGCGACCCGACACGCAAGUCUGCGGCGGAGGAGAGGUCUGCGGCCAAGAACGGCCCGUCCCAGGUGCUGCUGGGGGGCGGAGGCGGCGACGAGGUCUGGGAGGGGAUCCGCUUCCAGACGCUCGACACCGUGGAGGAAGCGCUGUUCGCGUCGACGCGCGCCUUCGUCGCCGAGAACAAGGCGGCGGUGGAGGAGGCGCGGAGCCGCGUCGCGCGUGGCGAGGAGCUCUCGACCAAGGAGAUGGUGCAGGUCGCGGACGAGGCGCGCGCGGCGUCCUUCUCUGCAUCCGCGCCCGCGGCCGAGUCGACCGGCGGCACGGAGGGGGCGGGGGCGGAGGCGGAGGCGCCGAGGGCCGCGGAGGUGGAGGUGCUCGAGCGGCAGCUGUGG